AUAGAUCUCUGCGCGACUGCUGCUCCGCCGUCACCAAGGAGCCUGUAAAGAUGACUGCAAAAAUUCCUGCCUUCACUGACAUCGGCAAGGCCACUAGGGAAUUGCUCUAUGGCAGCAAAUCUGGCGUCUUCCAAUACAACCAGGCGCUCAACAUCAGCACAAAGACCGCCGAUGGAGUGGAAUUCUCCGUCGUCACAGUGAAGAAGGAGGACAGGAUCGAGGGAGCCCUAAAAGCAAACUAUAAGACAAAGAAGUACGGCUUCACAGGCACAUUCGGCUCCACUGGCCUGGUCUCAACUUCCGUGGCGGUCUACAGUGUGGCCCCCGGCCUGGAUGUCACUCUGUUUGGGACACUUCCAGAUGUGCAGGGAUCUGCCAAGGUGUCUGCGGACUACGUGGUGCCGCACCUGACCCUUAAGACAUCCGUGGGCCUCACCAACCAGCCCAAGGUGGACCUGGCGGCCACGACCGGCUACAAGGACAUCGUCUUCGGUGGCGAGGCCACAUAUGACUCCGCCAAGGGUGACGUGACCAAGUGGGCAGCAGGAGCAGGCUACCAGCGCUUGGACUAUGCCGUUGGAGUGCUCCUGAAGGACAUGGGCAAGGUUAUGACCGUCUCCUACGCCCACAACGUGGAUGCCACAACCGCAGCCGGCGCAGAAGUGUCCAAGAGACUGGACGAGAAGGAGUUCACCACCUUCACUCUUGGGCUGCAGAAGAGGUUGGAGAAUGGGGCGCUGGCCAAGUUCCGCCUGGACAACGCAGGCAUUGCCUCUGCCCUGUACGAGACCGAGCUGAAGCCCAACCACAAGCUGGCCAUCUCCAGCCAGUUCAACGCCACCGACCUGAACAAGCCCCCCAAGCUGGGCUUUGCUCUGGACAUCAAGAACUGAGGCGGAGCUCCGUCUCAGGCUUGAUCAAAGCAAAGGCAUGGAUGCAAGUGGGCUGCCAGCCCAGCGGGCUCUGCCUGCUGCUGUGUUCAAGACCUACAAGAGCUGUGUCCUGCGUGGAAGUCACAAUGUUGACAUCCUCUCAGCAGCCUGCCAGGGUCCAUUGCUGAUCAAGAUAAAGGGUGUGCAUGGCCAGUGAGUGUAGCUGGACUUUAAUGGAUGUGAAUGCUGCACGUGUAAGGCUUAGGAUAGUUCAAGUCAUGGUGGACUGCAUGGAAUAUUAAGAUCUUGGGAUGUUUCACAUGUCUUUGACAAUACUUGUGCAGUGUUUUGCCCGCCAUCAGAGUCUUUGAUGUUUGGGGAUUGUGUCUGGUAACAAUGUCUCACGCAUGGUGGAUGGAUAGUUGAAAUUGUAAAGGAACCCGUUUACCUCC